AUUCAUCAGUGUAAACUGCAAAAGGGUGAUGUAAAAGACAGUGAGAGAAACAUUGAAAUAAAGUCCGACAACAAAUCUGAUAAUGGAAUGAAUAUUGCAAACACCUACCUUAGGGAAACAGCAUCAGACUCAGAGGACUUAAAUGAGCAUAACGUACAAAGAUCAUCCUGCUCUGCUGUCAAGCAUUCUAGAGUGGAAGAAGAACUUUCUGCCAGAAAAACAUUGAACUCGAGAAGGGACUUUAAACAUGGUCAUCACCAAACAUUAAACAUCAGAUGGCACAAGAGGGACUCUGAAAUGGUCACAACAUAUUUUUCAAAUUGUAUUUAUGAUGUAUCAAGAUAUGAUGCUAAAGGUGCUUUACCAGGAUAUAAAGAAAUACAGAAAUUUAUAAGAAUCCAUCCAGAUGUUCUAUCUGAACUCCCUUUAUCAAAGAGGAUAUGGAAAAUUCAUACCAAAAUAAACAAUGAAAGAAAUAAGUCCAGACAACUAGCUAGAAAAACAAUGCAGGAAAAAUGAAAUAACAUAUCAAUUAUAUCUCUUAGAUUGAAAAUAUUUCAUUUAUUUACAUAAGUAGAAAAACAUAACAAAACUGAAAUGUGUUUAAGGUCUGAAUGAAACACGGAUUAUAAUCAGCUGAUGCAGUAUGAGGACAAUGUUAAUUUAGAAUGUGUGAAUUUGAUAUCUGGAGUUUCCUUGUAUGACAAAUGUUUUUAUUGUUAACAAAAGGAUUAUUUAUGAUUCAUCAUAAAGAAAAUUGGAAAAUGUAGUUACAAAUAGAUAUUUGUGAGGUUACUGAUUCAACAGUUUUGAUAUAUAUUAUGUUAAGUGUAUUUUGAAUAUCUAACUUAAAGGAAUUAGAAAGGGACUGAGCUUAACAAUGAAUUCAUUAUCUAUAAGUCACUUUACAAAAGUUUCAUGUUUGAUUUUCAAAGAAUGAUAAAACUGUUAGGAUAUCGUCUUAACAGUCAUGAUAAAUGUUUCAUUAAUUUGAAAGAACAAUCCUGAUAAACAAAUGUCAAAUUUCAAUAUUGUUGUAUGCUUAAUAUGCUUUAUCCUUUGCAAUUAAUACAAAUUGAAUGCUGAAA